GUCGCCGUUCCGGACGUAGUGGAGGCCGCCAAGGAUGCCGACAUCCUGAUCUUCGUCGUGCCCCACCAGUUCAUCCGUGGGCUCGGCACCCAGCUGCUAGGAAAGAUCAAAUCCACCGCCGUCGGUUUAUCCCUUAUUAAGGGUUUCGACGUUGCCGAGGGCGGUGGCAUGAAGCUGAUCUCGCACCUGAUUACCGAACAUCUGAAGAUCCCCUGCUCAGUGCUGAUGGGUGCCAACCUGGCCAACGAGGUUGCGGAGGAAAAGUUCUGCGAAACCACCAUCGGCUGCCGGGACAUGAAGAUCGCCCAGACGCUGCGGGAUCUGUUCCAGACGCCCAACUUCCGUGUGGUGGUGGUGGACGACGUCGAUGCGGUGGAGAUUUGUGGCGCCUUGAAAAACAUCGUUGCAUGCGGAGCCGGCUUUGUGGACGGUAUGGGCUCGGGUGAUAAUACGAAAGCAGCUGUCAUCCGGUUGGGUCUGAUGGAGAUGAUCAAAUUUGUGGAUGUGUUCUACCCGGGCAGCAAGCUGUCGACCUUCUUCGAGAGCUGCGGUGUGGCCGAUCUGAUUACCACCUGUUAUGGUGGUCGUAACCGCAAGGUAUCGGAGGCGUUUGUCAAAACCGGCAAAACCAUCAAACAGCUCGAGGAUGAAAUGCUUAACGGACAGAAACUGCAAGGACCAAUCACGGCUGAGGAGGUCAACUUCAUGCUGAAGAGCAAAUCGAUGGAAGACAAGUUUCCCCUGUUCACGGCCAUCCACAAGAUUUGCACCGGUCAGAUCAAACCCGAAGGCUUCCUGGAUUGCUUACGCAGCCACCCGGAGCACAUGAAACGACGGGCUAAACUCUAAGUUUCAUGACUAAUCUAUAGCACAAUCUACACACAUCCCAAAACGCAAAUCCCAGACCGCGAAACGGCUUUACAGAUAUAAAGCGAAACGAAGAACGAAUCGAAAAAUGAUCGUGUAUCAUUCCAGACCGGAAGCUCAUGUACCAUUUCUUUUGACUGAAUGGAGUUCAACGUUCAGAAAAUAGUUGAUCGCCAGUCAAGGAAAUGGUUCACGAUUUCGUUCGGUUUAGAUCCAUUACUUUUAACAGUAUGAUUCCUUGCGACAUUUGCAAUCAGUCAAAGAUAAGAUCUCAAAAUAUUUUGCAUUUGUAACCAUUUUUAUUAAUAAUUGUUCAGGCUUCCUAAAUCUAAGUUUUACAAGCAAAAAAAAACAUUAGGCGCAUGUCACUCUAGUUGCUACGUAUUUUGUGAAUUUUAAGUAAAAACCAAACAAAAAAGCAAUACAAAUAAAUCCCCAUUGGUCCUCAA